AAGUGGGCGCCGGGCGCCCCGGAUUUGAAGACCACCGAGUGCCGGCGCCCGGGGCGCCGCUGCUCUACGUCACCGCCACGUGAUGCGCAUGCGCAGGGAGCCCGGCGCUCAGCUGAUUCAGUCUGUCGGUGGGCGUUGGCAGAGGUGGUCGGGUCGUGAGUUGGUGCUCGGGGCCACUCGUGUUUCGCCCGCUGUGAACGCGCCUGUCAGCCUCUAGUCGUGUUGAACUACCCUGCUGUGGACCUGCUCCAGCUCAGGUGCCGAACCGUCACCAGUCGGUGGGACGUCGCCCGCUCCGCCGGACGCUCACCAUGCUCCGUGAAUAAACUCCAUCGCAGAGAGCCCUCCGCCCGUGACCAGGGCCGGCGCCCUCGUGACCCGUGACCCUCGGUGGCCGGUGACCUGUGACCUGUGAACGCCCGGCGGCACCAUGUCGUUCCACCGGAACGUCACGGGAGGUGACAUCUGGGUGCAGUGGUUCAAGUGCUGCGUAACACCACAAGUGCCGCAGAAGCGGCGGAGAAUCGACCGCUCGAUGAUCGGCGAACCGACCAACUUCGUCCACUUGGGUCACGUCGGCGCCAACGACAUGCAGCAGCAGGGCAGCCGGUACCUGAACCAGCUGCAGACUCAGAUGUGCUCCAAGGGCCAGUACCAGAGCAAUGGCCAGCAGGCAGUGCGGGUCAACUCGUGAUGAGACGGCCGCUGCUGGGAAGGGGAGCACCAAUCAUCGACCGGCUUGUGUCGGUCACGUGACCUGGGCGGCCGGCCGGCGCGUAUGUCACCUGACCAGUGGGGUCGGAGUUUCUAGUCGCCGUCGGAAAGCCGGCGCCGCGCCGCGACCUGAGAUGACCUGAGGCGCCGCCGGACGCCGCAGGUACCGGCAGUGACCGCUGGCGGACCAGAGACGGCGGUCCGACGGCAGAGACCGUCCCGGUGCCCGCGCGGGACCGUGCAGUGUGGUGGGAGGACCAAAGUGGCGCCCGUAGGGUGGAGAGGCGCAGCGGCGACCCGCCCCACCCGGCCGUGAUGUGAUCCGUGAGAGACAGUGACCGCGCGGCGGGUCGAGACUGAGCGACAGACUCCAGGCAGAGAGAGUAUAUGUAUGCGCCGCGCCGAAUGCAGUGUCGAGAGUGUUGUGGAUGUCUGAUCAAUAAACAAAUGUUAUAACUAUGA